UUGCGUACGAUAAUGCUCUUUGGAACUUACAUCGUACUGGAGCCCAAAUUAUCGUAUGUGUACAGUAAUUAUCAUACGCCUGGCAACAAUGUGGGACACGACAAUUUUAGUGAAUGAGUGAGUCAUGAAAAAGAGUUAACUCCAUUUCCAUUCCAUAUUCCAUUCAUUCCAUUCCGUUCCAUAUCAUGUCAUGUUAUGUCAGUUCACUUGUUUUGUUGUGAGUGAAAGGUGUUGUCGUGUUUGUGCUAUUGUGUUAUUUUAUUUUAUUAUCCAGUAAUUACUAUAAAAAACUGGCAUAUGCUGGAUUUAUAAUAGCCACGGAGUUCUGGGAUUCACCGAUUUUGGCGCAAUGGCGCAAAUUGAAGAUCCCGAAUUCAUGAACACUGGAGAGACCAUGGUGAAACGCAGCCUCCUGGCAAAGAGCAAGAGGGCCAUAAUAGUCCGCAGCCCGGCCGGCAUCACGGAGUACCGCUGCGUGGAGUGCCCCAUGGGCUUCAACGACAAAGCUGAUAUGGAACAGCACUUGACUGUCCAUAACCAGGAGUACAGGUUUCUUUGCGGAAUCUGUGGGACUGCUCUAAAACGCAAGGAGCACUUAGACCGACAUACCCUGGAACACAAGGAAGUGCGGCCUCACAUCUGCCCGGACUGCGGCAAGGGCUUCAAGAGGAAGGAACACCUUAACAUACACCGCACCAUACAUAGCGGGGAGAAGAAUCACAUAUGCCCACUAUGUGACAAAUCAUUCUACAGAAAAGACCACCUCCAAAAGCACUUACAGACCCACAAUAAAAUGUUCAUCGAACAUAACAUUCACCCCGUGAGUGACCAGGAGCUACUCGGCAUUAAACAAGAGGUCACUGACGAGGAACAGGCGGACGACGAUAUGACAGAGAUACCUGACGCGGGCCUUCUCAAGCCAGCGGACCCGGAGCGGCCCCACAUUUGUUCCAUCUGCCACAAGGGCUUCAAGCGGAAAGACCACCUCAAGCUGCACGGUGUGAGCCACCUGGCGAGGGACAAGCUCUGCCCACACUGCGGGAAAGUAACCGACACGGGCCUGGGCAAGCCAGCGGACCCGGAGCGGCCCCUCAUCCCCAUCUGCCUCAAGGGGUUCAAGCGGAAACACCACCUCAAGCUGCACGGCUUGAGCCACCUGGCGAUGGACAAGCCCUGCCCACACUGUGGGAAAGACCUGCGUCGAAACGUCGGAAAUAAAGCGUUCCGAACAGAUGAUCAGCUGCAUAACCACAUGAUCACACACGUGAAGCUGGACUCCCCCGCGAGCGAGGAACCCUACUUGAUGGAAGAAGAAUACGAACAGCAGGAAGAAGAAUCCCUCCUAAUCCCUCGAAUCUCGAUGCAAGAGAGCGAACAGACGUACUACUCCGUGGCGGAGGACCGGCCGUACUCGUGCAAGCUGUGCGGCCGCCGCUUCAAGCGCAAGCAGCACCUCAAGGUGCACGCCAACGUGCACGCCAGGAACCAGCCGCCCACCAUCUGGUGCUCCAUAUGCAGCGAAGGUUUCUUCAACAACAGCCAAUUCGAGAGGCACGAGUGCAUGGGCGCCGACCCUGAAGAGACGCCCAACCAGGAGAACAGCUACCCGGCGCAGGACAAUGUAGAGAUAAUGAACGUCCCAAUAGUAACGGAAGAGCCGGAGCAGCCCGGCUUGCCGGUCCCGCGGCGCGUGUUCGUGUGCAAGUACUGCGGCAAGCCCUUCAAGCGCAAGGACCACUACCGCAUCCACCUGCACGUGCACACCGGCGUCAAGUCCUUCUUCUGCGAGGACUGCGGGAAAGGCUUCUACCGCAAGGACCACCUGCAGAAGCAUUCCCAAGUGCACACCAGAUCGAAGACGCAACGCUCGCCACCGAACAAGCCCAAGAAGGAGAUGCCGGAGCUCUUCCCCAUACACAUGCUCAAGAAACCCGACACUAGAGCCAGCGUCAAGCCCGAGAUCACUAUCACUGCACCAUCGAACACAAAACUACGAGUACCGCUUCAAAUCAAGGUGCCGUACCAGGUAGUGACGUCACUCGACAACGGGGAGCGCCGCGUCACCACCGUGGACCCGCGCGACCUGCUCUCCUGAUACCAGCUGCUGUACGGCUAGUUAUACUAUAACAUCUUCUUCUUCCUCGCGUUGUCCCGGCAUUUUGCCACGGCUCAAGGGAGCCUGGGGUCCGCUUGACAACUAAUCCCAAGAUUUGGCGUAGGCACUAGUUUUUACGAAAGCGACUGCCAUCUGACCUCCCAACCCAGAGGGUAAACUAGGCCUUGUUGGGAUUAGUCCGGUUUCCUCACGAUGUUUUCCUUCACCGAAAAGCGACUGGUAAAUAUCAAAUAAUAAUAUUUCGUACAUAAGUUCCGAAGAACUCAUUGGUACGAGCCGGGUUUGAACCCGCGACCUCCGGAUUGCAAGUCGCACGCUCUUACCGCUAGGCCACCAGCGCUUCCGCUUCAACGCUUCGAUUAGUUAUAAUAAAUAAUAAUACAAUAUAUACAAUCAUCAAGCUACACAGCCUCGAAUGGAACUACCUCACCCCGCGGCGACAAAUUGACUAACAAGAACUGUCCGGUUCCGAUUUGAUUUAUAUAAUAUGUUAUAGAGUAGUCUAAAAUAAAGGACCGUAUUUUUUUUUAGCUGCCCAAACUCAACCUAUUGGGAGAAAUUGUCCUCCAAAAUAUUAAAAAAUUACUAAAUCUUCUAACUCCUAUAGAAAGUGAUGCUCGAGCAACUUGCUAGUUAAUGGCUUGUUUGAGUAUAUGUUGGAGAGCAGGAAAAAAUAAUGAGCACGUGUUUUGUUAUAUCGGCUGAAACUCAAGUUUUCCUAAAAAAAAC